AGCUGCAGCGGCAGCAUGUCGCUGUCGAAUGCAGAUUUCGCGCAGUUGUAUGCGUCAAGCCGAAGAGACGAGUACGAUGACAUUCCACGGAAGCGAGGUGGAGGUGAUUCAUCUUCACACAAGGCGAAGAAGCAUAAACCUCGUCCCUACAACCCCAAAAAGCAAAUGGAGCGGGACGAAGAGAAAGUGGAUAGUCAAUAUCGAGACAGGGCGAAAGAGAGGCGCAUGGGGAUCAGUUCAGAGUUCAUGAUCUCGGAAGAUGCCGUCAAAGAUCUCACAGUGGAAGAGAGCAAAUAUCUUGGAGGUGACAUGGAGCAUACUCAUUUGGUGAAGGGACUCGAUUUUGCCCUCCUCGCAAAGAUGAGGAGCGAGAUGCAAACUGCAGAAGAGGAUGAGGAAGCAAAACGAGAAGAAAUGGAGGCCAAUGCCCAGAAAGUUGAAGUUACCACGGGGCUAGGGAAAGCGAUGAAACGAUUUCUUAUUUCAGAAUCGGCGGUGAAGGCCAGGACUAAAGUUGAUAUCUUUCUUCCUGGAAGAACUACAUUCGUAUAUGACUUAGAUGAUACGUUUGGGUCGGAGAUUCCAACCACCAUUUCGAGGUCUUUGGAGGAUUCCAAGUUUGCUAGGAGGGAUACCAGAACCAUGCUUAUCAACAAGACCAUCAUGAACGGAAUAUCUACAAUCAUGGGAUACAUCAGACAGGGGAACAAACCUGUAUCUAGAAAGAUCAAGAAAAAGGAAAAGGAUUCGCAGGAAGAUCAACCCGUUUCAAUGCUCACCUCACAACCUGUGGCAAAGCCGAUCGUUCCUGAUGAAGACAUCUUCGAUGAUGCUGGGGAGUACGACCUUACCAUGAGAGCUGCAGAGAAAAUUAAUUAGCUGAACUUUUGUGGGUCACCUAUCAACGCGAAAUAGGUUUGACUUCAUAAAGUGUAUCUAUCCGGUGAA